GCAUAGUCGUGAUUUCGCUCUGUAUCCGCCAGGAUGUGAGGUCAGCAGAGAGGAACAUUUCUGGGAAAAGGACAUCAGAAAAGCUCUUGGAAAUACCUCUUCUUGUCCUACAUUGGAAUACUGUCCCAUCUAAAAUCAAGGAUUGAUCUUUUUUGGAAGUUUACCAGAACAAGCCAAGACUUUUUCUUCCCCUGUCAUCUCUGUGGAUUUAAGAGAGAAGCAUGGAGAAAAGAAAGGGAUGAUGGGAGUAGUAAUAAUAAGACUAAGAGGUGUGGGGAUAUGGCUGGACUCCACUGCUGCUCUGAAGAAGUGACCUUUGAUACCGGAGACAAGAGCUUUCUAGACUCUCCCCUGUGCCGGAAUAAGCAGCUGAGCUGACGUCACAUCAGUCAAACACUUUUGGCUUUAUUUAAACUUUUGUUCCACAUUUCUCAAGGGGAAUGGUUUUAAAGCUCUAACAUCAUGACAGACAUGCAACAAUUGCUGGGCUGAUGCAGAUUGUGGCAGCUGCAGGGAUGAACUGCUGGAGCCAGGGAAAUGCCGGGAAUGCCAGUAAAUCAGACAGAAGUGGGCUGCACAGGGGGAAGCUGAUGAUGCUGUUGUGGAUUAUCCUUUUCAGCUCGCUGUGCCUGAUGGUCGACGGCCAGUUGAAGAUCUCACCAGAAACGGUGCAGCAGUGGGCUGCUUCAUUCGGCAAAGAGUUGUCUGCUCUGUCCUCAAGAUACUCUGGAGCUAAGCUGCUACAGAAGAAAUACAAAGAUGUGGAGAGUUUGGUGAAAAUCGAGGAGGUGGACGGAGAGGAGCUGGUUAAAAAGUUUGCUGAGGAGAUGGAGGAAAUGCUUGGGAGGAAGAUGAAAUCCGUAAAGAGGUUAGCUGAAUCAGCAGAAGAUGCUGACCUGUACCACGAGUACAAUGAAACACUAGAGUUUGACUACUAUAACUCCCUUCUGAUCAACACGGUUGAUGAGGAUGGGAAUCCAGUGCCGCUUGGAGGAGAAUUUGCUCUGGAAGAAAACGAACACUUCAAUAAAUUGCCGGUCAACACAGAGAUGAGUAACAUUCAAGUCCCUACAAACGUCUACAACAGAGAUCCUGAUAUUCUAAACGGAGUGUAUAUGUCUGAGGCUUUGAAUGAUGUGUUCGUUGAUAACUUCCAGAAAGAUCCGACCCUCACCUGGCAGUACUUUGGCAGUGCUACGGGUUUCUUCAGGCUGUACCCCGGGAUCCAGUGGAUUCCAGAUGAAAAUGGUGUGGUCACCUUUGACUGCAGAAAUAGAAACUGGUAUAUCCAGGCUGCCACUUCCCCUAAAGACGUUGUAAUUGUUGUGGAUGUAAGCGGCAGUAUGAAGGGGCUCAGGCUGACGAUAGCCAAACAUACAAUCAACACAAUCCUGGACACUCUGGGUGAAAAUGACUUUGUUAAUAUCAUAGCUUACAGUGACUAUGUUCGCUAUGUGGAGCCCUGUUUCAAGGGCACCCUGGUACAAGCUGAUUUGGAUAACCGUGAGCAUUUCAAGCUUUUGGUUGAAGAGCUUCAUGUGAAAGGAGAGGGCAAAGUCAAAAAUGCAAUGAAGGAGUCUUUCAAGAUCCUCAAUGAGGCUGCAGCUCUGGGCCAGGGCAGCCUGUGUAACCAGGCCAUCAUGCUGAUCACAGACGGGGCCAUGGAGGACUUCCAGGAUGUUUUUGAAGAGUUCAAUUGGCCAGAACGACGGGUUCGAGUGUUCACCUAUCUGAUUGGACGAGAGAUGACAUUUGCUGAGAAUGUGAAGUGGAUUGCCUGCAACAAUAAGGGUUACUACACCCACGUCUCCACCCUGGCUGACGUCCAGGAAAAUGUUAUGGAGUACCUACAUGUUCUCAGCCGGCCAAUGGUUAUCAAUCACGAUCAUGACAUCAUCUGGACUGAGGCCUAUAUGGACAGUGUGCUGUUCACCACUCAAGCCCAAAGCCUGCUCCUGAUGACCUCAGUGGCCAUGCCUGUGUUCAGCAAGAAAAAGGAGACUCUGUCUCAUGGGAUUCUGCUGGGAGUCGUAGGAACUGAUGUGGCCUUGAAAGAACUGAUGAGAUUAGCUCCGAGAUACAAGCUCGGAGUCCACGGUUAUGCCUACCUCAUCACCAAUAACGGCUACAUCCUUUCUCAUCCAGACUUACGGCCCCUGUAUAAGGAAGGGAAGAAGCUCAAGCCCAAACCCAACUAUAACAGUGUUGAUCUGUCUGAGGUGGAAUGGGAAGACACAGAGGAGCAACUGAGGACAGCCAUGGUUAAGGGAGAAACUGGAGCGAUGUCUUUAGACGUGAGGACGGGUGUGGAUAAAGGAACAAGAGUCAUGUUUCUAAAGAAUGAUUACUUCUACACUGACAUCAACGAGACACCAUUUAGUCUGGGUAUCGUACUGACGAGGGGAUAUGGACAAUAUAUCUUCAUUGGAAAUGUCUCUGUUGAAGAAGGUCUCCAUGACUUGCUGACUCCAGACUUGACCAUCGCCAGUGAAUGGACCUACUGUGAGACAGACAUUGACCCAGAGCAUCGUAAGCUGAGCCAGCUGCAGGCUGUGGUGAAAUACCUCACCGGCAAAGAACCAGAUCUGGACUGUGAUUCACUUCUGUUGCAGCAAACUCUGUUUGAUGCUGUUGUCACGGCUCCUAUGGAGGCAUACUGGACCGCACUCAUGCUCAACACAUCUGGUAUGGACGAGGGGAUAGAAACAGCGUUCCUGGGAACCCGUUCAGGCCUCAUGAGAUUCCAGAGAUACACUGGUAUUGAGAAGAGAACUGGCAAGUCUUUCCUGACCUCCACAGACAAGGAGAACAUGUUCACGCUGGACCAUUUCCCUCUGUGGUACCGCAGAGCAGCCGAGUACCCAGCUGGAAAGUUUCUCUACUACAUGCCCAGACAGGACACAAGAGAUGUAUUCAGGGACUAUGAGGCUGACUAUAGCGCCACCUUCAGUGCAGAGGAGGUGGAGCUCCAAGCAGAGGAAGGGGGAAGAAAACGAAGGGAGGCGGAUGAUGAUGAUGAUGAGGAGGAGGAGGAGGAGGCAGGGAGGAUAGCGAUUGCGACGACAGCUGUGACGGUUACGGUUGGCAAGAAAACGGCCAUCGCUGGAGCCAUUGGUGUUCAGAUGACCUUGGAUUUGAUAGAGUCCAGAUUGUGGGCCAUUGCAGCACAGCCAAAUGACACAGAUUGCUCUGAUGUGGACUGGGCUUGUCCUUUACGCUGUGACAGCUAUGAACUCGAGUGCUACGUGAUUGACAAUAAUGGCUUUGUCCUAAUUUCCAAACAGCGCAAUGAUGCUGGGAGGUUCUUCGGAGAGGUUGACGGAUCAGUGAUGACUACUCUGAUAAGAAUGGGCAUGUUUAAAAGAGUGUCUUUGUUUGACUACCAGGCCAUGUGUAAGAUGAGCUCCCACUCUGUCAGUAGUGCUCGUCCACUCCUCAGUCCUUUCUAUGGUUUGGCUGCAGCCUUCAAGUGGUUCCUCUCCAACUUCCUGCUGUUUCUGCUGGAGUUCAAUAUCUGCGGCUUCUGGCACACGGAGCACUUUGCUGAAGCAAAGCCACCUAGUGCCUCCUCAGCUCAUAAGAAAAGAGGGGACUUCCUGCAGCCGUGUGACACAGAGUACCCCAGCUUCGUCUACGAGCCGUCAGUCAAAGAGACCAACAGCAUUAUUAAGUGUGGACGCUGCCAAAAGAUGUUUGUAGUGAACCAGAUACCAGAGAGCAACCUGUUGAUGUUAGUGGUGCAGGCUGACUGCGACUGCACCAGGCAGUACCCACCCAUCACUCUGCAGCCAAGGGAAGUCAAAUAUAAUGCCUCUGUAAAGUGUGAAAGGAUGAGGUCCCAGAAGAUCCGGAGACGCCCUGAGUCCUGCCACGCCUACCACCCACAUGAAAACGCCAAUGAUUGUGGAGGAGCUUCUGUUAUAUCCCUCUCUGCUUCGCUCUUCCUCAUUUGUCUCUCCUUCUCAAAAUUCAUCUCGUGAUACUCUGUUUCUCCCUCGCUCAUGUAAAGGAGGACGUUUGGAUGAUAAAUACAUGUUUGGACACUGGACACCUCAAGUGGAUUCUUUUUCUAAAAAGCAUACCUAAUCCUGCACAUUUUUACUAAUAACAACCGCAAACCAAGUCUCCAGUGUCUGACUUUUAUUGUGGUUUUUUAACUGCAAUGAAGCAAGUCAAUGGGCAGUUGUUGCCAUGGAUACUUUUCCUUGAGUUACAUUCUCAUACACCACUUUGCAUCUUAAAAUGAAAAAGGACUCAAGAGAUGCAGAUGGUUGCUUUGGCGUGUAUCAGAAAAGGGAAUUAUGAGUCCAGUGGGGCAGACAUGCCCCACUGUUGUUUUUUCAUUUGACAAUAAAGUGAACUUUGCAGAAACUCACGCAUAUUAUAUAUGCAGCUGCAAGCAUGCACAUGCUGAAUGCUUCUACAGAUGCUUCUUUAAACACUGAAUGAGAGAUGGGAGUGAAGGGCUACAGAAAUAUAUGAAUCUGAGUCACAUCAGAGUUGUUACGAUGACUGAUGUUUUAUUGGUCUGUUGCAAAAGCGUCACUGCAAAUCUCAAAGGGUAAUGGCUUGGUGCCAAGCAAGCAGUCACAAUGGAGCUAUAAAAAUAGCAUAUAGAUAUAAAAAUGAAGUAUACAUCAAAAUAUCAAAAUGAGGGUUUGUAUAAGGGUUUUAUUUUUUGACUUUUUACUUGGAUUCAAUCCCAAAUAUGUUUGUUUCUGUAACAUAUCUUUUGAAAAAUGUCUGCCUUUCUGUCUUUAUCGGCUGUGUCUUUCUCUGUGUUUGUAUAUUGUGUGUAUUUACGUUUGUCUAUUUGACUUUGCUGUGGAAACAGUGACCCACAAUCAGCAUGGACGACACAAUAAUGGACACUUACUUACAUGGUUUGAAUGCAAAUCUAGCACAAAAUGUAUGCCCAACAAAAGAUGCUGUUGUACCAAACUGGACGUUUCUCGAAUAAAAACUUUUUUAAGGCAUUGCCGUAA